GAGAGCAUUGGAGCCUCUGGAACAGAGGUACAGAGAGUCGUGAGCUGCCAUGUGGGUGCUGGGAAUUAAACCAGGUUUCUCUGGAAGAGCAGCCAGCGCUCUUAAAACCACUGAGCCAUCUCUCCAGCCCUCAGGUCAUCUUCUUAAUUAAUGAUUGAUGUGGAAAGGUCCAGACCACUGUGAGUGGGACCACCCCUGGGAAGGCUGAGUAAGCCAUGGGAAACAAGCCAGUAAGCAGCACCCUCCAUGGCCUCUGCAUCAGCUCCUGCCUCCAGCUUCCUGCUCAGUUCCUGUUCUGAUUUCCUUCAAAGAUGUGCAGUGAUGUGGAAGACAGGUGACUAGCCGAACACGUGUUUUCCUGGAAAACGUCCCGUGGCUCUAAGUGUCUAGGGAGCCCUACUUCUCUCUCUGUUUCUAUAACAGUAUCUCUAAAUGCCUUGAGUCCCUGGGCCCUUUCCUGUCGGUUUCAGGGUCUCACUGCAACCCUUGCUCCUUCCUUCCUUCCUUCCUGGGUCGUGUGUACUGCGGUUCCUUUAAGGCAGGCCCCGCCCUGGCCCGCCCUCCCGGGUCAGCCCCGGUGCGUAAGGCUCUGGCGGGGCGGCUGCAGGGCUCAGUGCUGAGCGGGCUCUGGCGCGAUGGCGAGCGCGGUCGUCAGGGUCGCCGGGCGGCGGCUGAGCCAGCAAAGCGCAUCCGGAGCCCCGGUCCUCCUGCGGCAGAUGUUUGAACCCAAGAGCUGCACCUAUACCUACCUUCUGGGUGACCGGGAGUCAAGAGAGGCAGUUCUGAUCGACCCCGUUCUGGAGACAGCGCAUCGGGAUGCUCAGUUGAUUAAGGAGCUGGGGCUCAAGCUGUUGUACGCUGUGAACACUCACUGCCAUGCUGACCACAUCACCGGCACGGGGGUUCUCCGGUCCCUGCUCCCGGGCUGCCAGUCUGUCAUCUCCCGCCUCAGCGGAGCCCAGGCUGAUUUGCAUAUCGGGGAAGGUGAUUCCAUCCGCUUUGGACGCUUUGCUUUGGAGACUCGAGCCAGCCCUGGCCACACUCCAGGCUGUGUCACCUUUGUCCUGAACGACCAGAGCAUGGCCUUCACUGGAGAUGCCCUGCUGAUCCGAGGGUGUGGACGGACAGACUUCCAACAAGGCUGUGCUAAGACUUUGUACCACUCUGUGCACGAGAAGAUCUUCACACUUCCAGGCAACUGUCUAAUCUACCCGGCUCACGAUUACCACGGGCUCACAGUUUCUACUGUGGAGGAGGAACGGACUCUGAACCCACGGCUUACCCUCAGCUGUGAGGAAUUUAUCAAGGUCAUGGACAACCUGAACUUGCCCAAGCCACAGCAGAUAGACAUUGCUGUUCCUGCAAAUAUGCGCUGUGGGGUCCAGACUCCACCCUCCUGAUUCGUCCCAGCCAGCUGCUCACAUCCGUUAUGAAUGCACUAGGAGGGGUGAGGGGAGGGGUGUCACCCCAGGGCCUCUCUCUUCUCCUACCUCUACUCUCACCAGCUACUUGAGCUUCUUAAAUAAAGUUUACUUCGUUUUUGCCACGAA